CGCAUGCGCACUUUACGCCUGCAUUUCGCAUAUACUUGCUUUCCACGCGUGUUUAAGAUUCACCUAUUGGGAAAAGUGAGAUUUAAAGUCAGAAAUAGUUUAAAUAUAAGAUUCUAUUAGUAUGGGAGGCCAGGCUAAGGGCAAAAAGAAAACCAAGGCGAAGAAGAAGGAAAACCGUCCAAACAGGGGGGAUCUGGGAUUUGUUAAUCUGACUCCUCAGGAAAGGAUGAAAGUAAGAAUGCAUGAAAAAGCCAAGAAGAAGACAGCUGAGAAGUACUCGGUACAGCAACUCCUCGAAAAGACAGAAGAAUGCAUGGACAGUUUUGACUUUGAGAUGGCCGGUCUCUUCUGUCAGCGGGCCCUGGAUGUGGAGUCCACCAACCUGCAGGCUCUAGACAUGCUGGGACACAUUUACUCUGAGUUAGGAGACACGCAGAAAGCUAAAGGAGCUUUUCUGCGUGCUGUGGAGCUGAGCCCAGACAUCGGCCACAGUAAGUACAUGUACCUGGGACAGAUCCACACUGGCAAGGAGGCUGUGGACUACUACACCAGGGGAAUCCAGGUUCUCCUGUCUGCACUGGAGAAACAGGAAACAGCAACUCCUGCAGGGGCUGCUGCCCUCCCAGAUGAGAACUCCGAGCUCCCGACAGCGAAGGACGUCAGCGUCGCCUACUGCUCCAUCGCUGAGAUUUACUUAACAGACCUCUGCAUGGAGGAGGGAGCUGCGGACAAGUGCAGGGAGUUCAUUGAGAGAGCAUUACAGUAUCACCAUGACAACCCCGAGGCUCUCCAGCUUAUGGCCAGUUACCUGUUCAGCACGGAGAGAAACCAGGAAGGUAAAGAAUACCUAUUGAAGAGCGUUGGAAUGUGGCUUCCUGCGCAAAAACAGAGCGCGGCUUCUUCCACCACAGAAGAAGACGUACAGAAUGACAUCCCACCUUACGAGUCUCGCAUCACCACCUCCAAACUGCUCAUCGAGUCGGAGGAAUACGAGACGGCUGUAGAUGUGUUGGAGGGUCUUCUGGAGGAGGAUGAUGAAGUUGUCCAGGUGUGGUAUCUCUCGGGCUGGGUUUGUUACCUCCAGUGGGAAAAAGCGAAGGAGCAGCAAGAAAGAGAAGGAAGAGAAGUGACACAGGAGGAGAAGGAGGAGUGGAAGGCAUUGACGGAGGCGGCCAGAUCGUACCUGACAAAUGCUAAGAAGCUGUACAGUAAGCUUCGGUGUGAUGACCAGCCCAUGUUGGAGCAUGUGGAGCAGCUGCUGGGCGAACUGGGAGGCGAGAUGGAGGGAGAGGAGGAAGAACCAGACCUGGAUGAAGACUAUGAACCCUGUAGCGAUGAGGACGAAGCAGAGGCACCCAUGGAACACUGAUCACAUCUCCUUAGUCUGAUUUUUUUCCUCCAUCGUGCGUCCCUGUAUUUCUUGUGGAUUCUCUAAAGUGCCUUUUUUCAAAAAAUGGUUUCCUUUCACACCUGCUUAUCAAAGAUUAAAUUUGAAUUCCGGUGAUAUGCACAAAGAAGAGUGGCAUUAAAAGCUGCGGUCUACUCAAUCUCUUUCAGUCAGUUGUUUAAUGCUUUUGGUAAAAUAAGUGCAUACUUGAGUAAUGCUUCGCUUAAUCUCCUUGACAGAUGUUGAUGAAAGAAAUUAGUUUUAGAGCUUUACUUCUCACCAGCAGCAGAAGCAGAACACCUUUGAAUGCUUUUACCUCUUGUUCACACCCACGCGUGGUUUCGACAAGCAGGCAUCCACGACACAUGUGCACAGCCAAAACAAAAACACACAAAAGCAGCAUGUUAAUUACUUCAGCUCAGCGGCAGCAGCAGUGUUUCCUUCUUAAAAACGGAAUCAUCUUAUGUGAGCAUUAUUCAAAAACCUGUCCGCCGACAAAUGCUGCCUUUAAAUGACAUUCUAAUAUUCCAAGCUUAUGUGCAAUGCUUGAAUUCUUAUGUGAUUCUGUUUAUUCUCUCUCUUCAUUUUUUUUUUUUUUUUUUUUUUUUUACUUUUUGGGUUACUCAUUGGGUUCACUGAGACACAGUAGAAAGAAUUUGACAUUAACUUAUGCAGAAUGCGUUUCUCUCUCUGCUAGACUGUUCAGAGUGACUUGCAUAAAACCUUCUGGAGAGGAGAAACAGGACAGAACUAGUUUUCAAACUGCAACAUGCAUGGGUUAGUGUUGCACAAUAGCAGACGGAUGCUUUUCACUUUUAUUUAUCGAUUUUUUUUCUUUUCUUAAAUUGAAUACAGCGAGGUGAAGAGAGAGAGUUUGUAUAUGUGAAUGGUAGACAGAUGGUGCUGUUUUUUGUGGACAAAGAUAAGUAUUUGAGCAGGGCUUUGUGUUUUUUUUUGUUUGUUUUUUUUCUAACAACAGAAAAACUCAAGUUUUGGUUGUUGACUGAGACAUUCACAGCAAACUGAAGUGUCAGGGCAAAAAUAUAACACUGAGUAUACAACCGGUGAGUAUGCCCUUGUGCAAAAACACUUAAAUGUCAAAUAAUUUCAAAUUUUAUCACCUCUCAAUAGUUUUGUUAUUUACAAGCUGAACAAUGGAGUGUGUCAUCUAAUGCACACCAAAUACUUGGGGAAGACUGAAAGUUGAACCUCAGCACAGGUGUGGUCGCUGACAAGUUAGCCAACAUGACCUCUGAAACAGAACUGAGUGUAUCCCUGAUUUCCACUAAGUCUGCAUGAACAUGGUUAUAUAAUAAGCUGUAAACAGCAAAACUUUCUUAGUUUUGGACCUGUCGAUUGUAUCUGUCUGCACGUCUUCAUCAUGGCUCCACAUGGAGAAUUCUCAGAGGAAUCAAAACUGUGAAUGAGAGACUUCACAAAGAUAGGAAAAGAUACAAGGAGAUUGUUGACGAACAAACGAAAAAUCAGUGCAGUAGUAACCAGGGAGUAUAGAACCUGUAGUAACACUAAUCAUAGCCGCAGUGGUCCUAAAAUAACAUCUCAGACAGUGAGCUACUUUUACAGUCUAGCUCUGAAGUGCUUCAGACUUGGCACAGGGGUUAUCAUUGGAAAUCUGUUUCUGCAACAGCUCAGACAAUGUGAAGGACAUCAGCAUCUAUUGACUGUGUCCAAGAAAAAGAAAAAAACUUGCAUGGUCUUUGGCACAAAACUGCAAGACUAAACUUGCCAGAAAAACAUGAGAAGAAAUCUUACAAAUAUUGUGAGCAAGCUCUUUAGUCAGAUUAGACUGAAAUAAAUCAGCUCAGAUGGGAUUCAGCAUGUUCACUGUGAACCUGAUCAGGACUACCACAGUGAAUACAUAAUCCUGACAGUGAAGAACGGAGGUGGGACUGAUAUGGGGCUGCAUGACUGCAAAGGGUGUUUGGGAGAUGACAUUUGUAGAUACAAAUUUCUGUGGAUAAACCAAAAUAUUGGCUCACAAAGUGACUUCCAGUCUGCAGAAACUUGGCAGGAGAGCAAUAUUCUGACAACGCUCGAGAGCACACUGCCAAAAUCCUUUAAGAGUUUCUAAAGAGGGCCAAAGUGAAAACUUUGACCCAGACGCGUUUGUUGUCUGACUUGAAUCCAGUAGAACACUGCUGGGGUAUUUAAAGGAGAAAAGUAGAGCAACACAACUAUAACAAAUGACAGGGAAUCUGCCCAGAAAUUUUUGCAGCACCGGUACAGGUGGAUGUGUAAAAUGUAGAUCUAAAAGGCGUACUGAUUUUGUUGCACAGAGUUUCUAUUUUAGGGCCUGUAUUUUCAAAAGAUAAUUCAGGAUCAUUUGACAUUUAAGUGAUGUUGCACAAGGGAUAUACUCAGUUAGUAGUAAAAUGAUUUUUUUCACAUCAGUGCCCAUUGUAUCUCAGAAUCUUGCAAACCUGCAUAAAGUCCAUUUGUAUGUGUGUGUUGCAUUGGCUUUAGCAAGAUUAGAAUUGAUUGGCUUCAUUUAAAUAGCAUCUGUCCACAUUCUGAAGGGUUUUGCAGCUGUGCAGUAGUUUCUGUGUCCUUGCAAAAUCUAUUAGAACAACUAACUUUUCUGAGACCCUGUUGUGCUAUUGGUGCAUGUUGAGUUUCUCCCCCUAGUUGCCUGCUGCGUGUGACAAACAUGCUGAAACACACAACCACCACAGAGAAUUUCUCCGUGCAACCACGCCUGUUAACACACUCGGGCGUUGGCUGCCACGCGGCCCCUUUGAAGAAUUUCAUAACCGGUAAAUGGGAACGUUAUCUGAGAUCCUGCCCCUGAUAGUGACCCAGCUGCAAGCCGAGAGGCCUGUUUGGGAAUACAGGGGUUCAGAUACCGUGAUCUGAUUGUGCGUGUUUGUGUUUAAGGAGCAUGAAAUACAGCUCAGGAGGAAAGUUACAGAUAGGAUGCUGCGUGUGUGUGUGUGUGUGUGUGUGUGUGUGUGUGUGUGUGUGUGUGUGUGUGUGUGUGUGUGUGUGUGUGUGUGUGUGUGUGUGUGUGUGUGUGUGUGUGUGUGUGUGCAGGGUUUUGCUGCAGAUUAUCCUAGCCUAAUGUGAUAUGAUGUGUUGUUAUUUGUGGACUGGGCCUUGCUCACAAAUAUUCAUGUCUGUGAUGUUUGCUGUAUGGUAAUGCACCAGUACAAGCCUUGAGGAGCGACUACCUGGAGCGACUCUGUCGUCUAGAAUUUGCCUUUUAUAAUUAAAAUGAGCCCUAUUGUGUA